UCGAGCCAGCGAGGCGGCGGCGGCGAAGGCGACGAGCUCGGCUGGUGCCUGAGGCGUGCGAAGCGGCCUGGAGGAGGCUGCGGGAGCUCUUGGCCGGAGUGCAUUGACUAGCCAUUAAGUAUCAUGUCUGACAACGGAGAACUCGAAGAUAAGCCACCAGCUCCACCUGUUCGGAUGAGCAGCACUAUCUUCAGUUCAGGAGGGAAAGAUCCAUUAUCUGCUAAUCAUAGCUUGAAACCCCUGCCCUCUGUUCCAGAAGAGAAAAAGCCUAGGAACAAAAUCAUCUCUAUUUUCUCUGGCACUGAAAAAGGGAGUAGGAAAAAGGAAAAAGAAAGGCCUGAAAUCUCUCCCCCAUCAGACUUUGAACAUACCAUUCAUGUUGGCUUUGAUGCAGUUACAGGAGAAUUCACUGGAAUGCCAGAGCAGUGGGCUCGGCUGCUACAGACGUCAAAUAUCACCAAGCUAGAACAGAAGAAGAAUCCUCAGGCUGUCCUUGAUGUGCUGAAGUUCUAUGAUUCUAAAGACACAGCAAGACAGAAAUAUUUGAGUUUUUCUGCUACAGACAAAGAUGGAUUCCCCUCAGGAGCACCAGCACCCAAUGCAAAAGGGUCAGAGCCUGCAGCACCUGAAGAGGAAGAUGAUGAAGAAGUGGCACCUCCAGUUAUCGCCCCACGACCAGAUCAUACAAAAUCAAUUUAUACGCGAUCUGUAAUAGAUCCCAUCCCAGCACCUUCUGGUGACACGGGUGACACAGUUGCUAAAUCAGCAGAUAAGCAGAAGAAGAAAGUUAAGAUGUCAGAUGAAGAAAUCACGGAAAAGCUGCGAACUAUUGUGAGUAUAGGAGAUCCCAAGAAAAAAUAUACAAGAUACGAAAAAAUAGGACAGGGGGCUUCGGGUACAGUUUUCAUUGCCAUUGAUGUAGCAACAGGACAGGAGGUUGCUAUUAAACAGAUAAAUCUUCAGAAACAACCCAAGAAGGAGUUAAUUAUCAAUGAGAUCCUGGUAAUGAAAGAGUUGAAGAACCCAAACAUAGUCAACUUUUUGGACAGUUUCCUAAUGGAAGACGAAUUGUUUGUCAUAAUGGAAUAUCUGGCUGGUGGAUCCCUCACAGAUGUUGUUACGGAGACUUGCAUGGAUGAGGCACAGAUUGCCGCUGUCUGUCGAGAGUGUUUGCAGGCAUUGGAAUUCCUACAUGCCAAUCAGGUUAUCCACAGAGAUAUUAAAAGUGACAACGUACUAUUGGGAAUGGAUGGAUCAGUUAAACUGACUGAUUUUGGUUUCUGUGCACAGAUUACUCCAGAACAGAGCAAACGUAGUACUAUGGUUGGAACACCUUAUUGGAUGGCUCCUGAAGUGGUCACACGAAAGGCCUAUGGCCCCAAAGUGGAUAUCUGGUCCCUGGGUAUCAUGGCUAUUGAAAUGGUCGAAGGCGAGCCCCCAUAUCUCAAUGAAAACCCUUUGAGGGCAUUAUAUUUAAUAGCAACAAACGGCACUCCAGAAUUGCAGAACCCAGAGAAAUUGUCCCCAAUAUUUCGUGACUUUCUAAAUAGUUGUUUGGAAAUGGAUGUAGAGAAAAGAGGGUCAGCCAAAGAACUGUUACAGCAUCCUUUCCUGAAACUGGCCAAACCUUUGUCAAGCUUGACGCCGUUGAUCCUAGCAGCCAAAGAAGCAAUGAAGAGUAACCGUUAGCAUUGCUGCUGUGGCCUUCAUCAUUUUUGUUUUUUUGUUUUUAAAGUUUUUCAUAAUAUAUAAAUUGUUGCUCUUGUUAGGGAGGUUGAAAGUCUGCAAAAGGGAAAAAAAAAUCUCUCACCUGGAAGACACAAGAGAAGAAAAAAUGGUGGUGGGAGUAGUGAACUCUUCUGGAAGAAGUUGUGAACUGAAUCACUGGCCUUUUCACCACUUUUGCAGACAACUCCGAUGUAUUUUCCUAUGCCUGGGAGGUGUUUUUUUUAAUGACUUUGCUGUACCAGAUCCCAUUCAUUGUGCUCUGUUGGGCACUUUCAAUACUUGAACAACAGAUUCAAGCUUUUGGAGGGAGGCAUUACUUUGAUCUGCUGACCUUCCCCCCCUCCCCCUUCCAUUUGUCAGUCAUUCAAAAUCUUGCAACAUCUGAGUUACUAAAAGGCGGAUAUGGUAGAAUUGUUAGCUAUAACUGUAUUGUAGCAUUAACCACCCAGCUACCUAAGAACUGUAGUUUUUUCCCCAAUGACUGUUCUUAAAGACAGAAGAACAUGAGUAGAGGGGAAGAAGAAGGUUCAGCAACGUCUGAUACAUAAUUUUGUUGCGUGGACUUUUUAACAUAAGGGAAAGAUGCCUCUGAAUUUAGGAGAUUGAAUACAUGCGGGGAAGAGGAAAAAAGUGUUGCUUUUCUUUUCUUGGUUAAUGCUCAAACCAUCCCGUGGGCUCGGGGAGAGAACUCCAUCCCUGUGACUUGUCUUCCAUUCCUCCCUUGCCUGUGUAGGCUUGUUGGUAACAUUUUAAAGGGAUGUCUUGAAAGUGUGUGGUUUGAUAGCAAAGUGUUGUAUCCAUGUUCUGACUUGGGCUUUGGGCUUUAUGCUGGUGCCUUCUGAAUUUUUAAAUUGCUCUUCUUUGUCUUAAGUACCUUUUGUAUAUGUUGUACAUUUCCCCUCCAAAGCAACUUUGGAGCUGUCAGGAUUAAGUAUUAGAGCUCUCUUCCUUUUUAUAUGUAUAAAAAUGUAUAUCUUCACCAUUUCUACUAACAAAGACCCAGCAGAUUUUCAAAAAUAGAAGAUCCAAGACUUUUUGUAUAAUUCAGCCAGCUGAAUCUUCUGAACACCAAAAGUGCUAUUCUGUGGAGACAAACAAUUGGAGAUGGCAAAGUAGUCUCGAUUCAACAUUAUUUGAAUUGGCUUGUGAGUGGCUGCAGAACCUUGCCUUCUCAUGGUUCUCUUGAAAGACUUACCAACUGUUAUGGCUGAAGACAAACGCAAGAUAAAGUGCCUCCCUAAAUGAAAGAAAGUAAUUGGAGCUGUAGAGGAAUUGAAGUUCUGGUUGAGGUGGUCAGGUGCACCGUGGGGAUUCUUCAGUCACAUCAGCCUUCUAGAAGCACUGUGUUUUAUGUGCAGCUCUUUAUCAAGAAUUGCCAAGUGAUGUGCCAAACAGUAACAUAACAGACUUACUAAUUUGGUGCUAUAGCUUUGUCGCAUUCCUACGUGGUAUUCUUGGGAGAACAUUUUAAAACCCUAGCUAAGAGGCCGUCUUUAAUGCCUUUAAUGCCUGAUGGUCAAUGAAAAGCCUGCUUCUUACCUGUGUACAAUAUUAAUAUGUGUUGACAUAAGGGCAUAAUUUCUGCUGGGUUUUACGAACAGGUUUGCAAAAUUCUGGGUUCUGAGUCAUUGCAUCACAAAGGGCUCCAUUCCCUCAGAUCUUGGAGCUUCUUGCACCCUGCUCUGUACCAACAAAUGCCUUAUUAAUGCUGAUGAAAGCAGUGCCAUACUCCAACUUGCAGUCCUGUGUCCUAUGAGAAGUAUUCAUUUGAAAACUGUAACAUGCAGCCCAGUUGCUUUCAGAGCAUUUUGAAUGUGUUUUGGUUUAGUCCAAGAAAUGUGGUGUCCUGGUCUGAGUGGUAUUUUAGGUGGUGUUCUUCCUCUGGCCAUAACUCGCAAUACAGUUACUAUAAAGUAUAGAAUAGCCAUGCUCUUAAAUUUGAUUUAUGUGAGUCAAAGAAAGAGAUUUAAAGGAUUCUCUUCAGUUACCUUUUCUUACCUUUGAGCUGUCGUCUGUUGCUGGCAAUGGAAUAUGUGGAACCCAUGACUCCUGCUGUGAGAUAAGUGUAUGUUGGUGUUUUUAUGGUAGCAAUUAAAGGUAACACUUCUGAAAUAAACAAAAAGCAGCAUUUACUGAUUUUUAAUGUGAUUAAGAAUUAUCUUAAAUGAGUAGUUGACUGCCUCAUCAUGAGGGUUCUCAAAUCCUCCUUUAAAAGUUGCUUACAAUUUGGGUUGGCUCAGGACUUGCUGAAGCAGGACCCACUGGCAAAUCUUGUGCCAGUCAUGAUCAUGAGUACUAUCACAGCAUGUCUGCAUGGGUGCUCUUAAGUAUAGCAGCUUUGUACUACGGCAGUGCGUUCAUCUAAUUUCCCUGUCCACUAUUGCAAUAAAGGGUUAGGGAUAGAAACAGACAUGAACUAAAUGGGAACUCUCUGUUUAACGCGAGCCAUCAGGAAGUUCCUGAUUAUUGCGCAGCGAUGCAUGUGGUUUGUAUGGUACAAGGACUGAACAUGUAUUGCCAGUGUCUUAAAGCUUGGUUUAGAAGUGGAAAAGUGGCAGUCUUUUUCUCCCCGUCCCCUCUAAUGUCUGCUUUGAAUGUUCAAGAUUGUAUCUUCUGGGCACGGAAGUAUAGCUUAUGAGCACAGGAGUAAGAACACUCAGUAUAACAUUGCAUAGGUUAUUGACUCCUAACUGCUCUUCCUGCUAAAGAUGCCUUAACCAAAUAUCCAGGCACCAAUGUGAGUAAAUAUUGAUCGAUUCACAUAGUUACUCACGGCUUACUCACACAGUCAUCUUAGAUUAGAUGUUAAGCUGUUCAAACAGUAUCCUGAAUACUCCAGCAUCGUACCAGAUCCCAGUUCAAUGCAAUAAAAACAUUUCAACAUACAGUUUGAAAUGGUCGUAGCUGAGCAUGUAUUGAAGUGUUCAGGGCAACCACUUCAUAGCUUCAAUAUUCAGUCUGGGCUUACAAAAAAUGCCCCCCCCCCCCCCCCCGUUCUCGGCUGAAUCAGUCUUUGAGUGUUGGGCAUGUUUGCAAUGGCACGUUACGGUUAUUGGUGUGAACCUACAAGGAGGAGAGAAGGAUAGAGAAGGGUAUCUCAUUCCAUGAAAGCAGGCUUACCUGGAAUGAUGAGUUCCCAAUUCUGCCCCCCCCCCCCGGCAAAAAAAUCCAGUUGAAAUAGACACGACUACUUACCACAAAUAAGUUUAGCAUUUGCUGGUUUGAAUGGAGACAUUAACAACUUGAGAAUAUAACUGAUUAACUUAAGCAAUCACCAUAUGUGUUCUCUGGAGUAGUUUGGAGUCAAUUAAACUCUUCUGUUAAGAGUUACAGAAUUUCUUUGUCUUUGUAGCUGGAAUUAAGUACAUCUUCUUGAAAUUGUUUCCUUCUCUUUGUUCCCUUUCUCUCACUUCAUCAGAUGGAAAUGAAAGUAGUGCAAGCUUUCAGGUUUUUCCCCCCUGUCUUCAGAUUUUGUUGCCUUUUGUUUAAUUUAAUCCCAUUCUGUUAUUUAAUUGUUACUGCAAUAUUAACUACUGUAUUUGACUAUGUUUAAUGACUUUGUUCUUUCAGGGCUAGAAAUAAACAUUUCUAAAAUG